CGCAGAUCCAAAUGAAGAUCGGAGUUCAGCUCGAUAUCGGACUUUCCGCAGUACGGUGUCUUGUUCAUGCGCCGCAACGCCGAUGUUCGAUCUCGGUCGCAAUGCGACUACGCAGGUCAGAUUGGGGUUCUCCGCAGAUAUCACGACAAUGAUAAAAGCUGGGGACAUAGAUGCUCAUAUGGCUGUAAGUCGUUAUCCAGGGACAUUAUUCCUCUUUCUUUCUGGACACACCAAGCAAGACUAUCUGUGAAAACAUAGGACGUCCGGCCGCAAUGAUUUCCAAAACACUCCCUGAAGCAGACCACUUUGAGCCCGUUCAACCAUCCAAGGAGCCCAUCGACUUUGUCUCAUUGCGAACUAUUGACUUGGGCCGCUAUGACGACAGCCCAGAAGCUCGAGCAGAGCUUGCGGAAGAGGUCAGGCUUGCCAUGACGACCCAAGGCUUCUUCACCCUUAUCAACCACGGAAUCACCGAAGAAGAGAUAUCACGUCAGGUGGACAUUGGUCACACAAUCCUCAAGCGCACUCCCCAAGAAGAGAAGACGCGUUUGCAAGCACCCAUGAUUGAGGAAGGUUCGUACCAUGGCUUCAAACCCCGUGGCCACUGGCGCAAUGCAGGAAAUGUGCGGGACAAAGUUGAGAACUUUAACGUCUACCGGGACAUGUCUUUGCGAGAGCAGCCUUCGGCCAUGAAGCCCUUCCAACCAGAAAUCCAGAGCUUCAUCGACUAUACGCACAAGGACAUCUUGUACAAGCUUCUCCGGCUUUUCGGGAUUGCCUUGAGACUCGAUGAUGAGGAGUUCUUUGUGAAGGCUCAUGACUACAAUGGUCAUGACGAGACCUGGCUGCGGUACAUGGAAUACUAUGACGAAUACACUCCCGAGGAAAAGGCUGUGACCGGCGGCCUCUGGUUAGGUGGCCAUCAAGACUUUACCAGCCUGUCGCUUCUCUUUAGCCAGCCGAUGUCGUCGCUCCAGGUUCGUGACUACCACUCCAAUGAGUGGAAGUAUGUCAAGCACGUCCCGGGAGCCAUCAUCGUCAAUGCUGGCGAGACGAUGCUCUGGUGGACGGGAAAUUACUUCAAAGCUGCCAUUCACCGUGUGUUCGAGCCACCUCUCGAUCAGCGUGGUCACAACCGGAGCAGCGUCUUCUAUUUCUGCGUGCCAAAUGAUGAAGUAGUCAUCAACACGCUACUUGACCAGAGUCCUGUCCUCAGGGAAGCCGGCGUUCAGAUGGCGCAUUUGCCAGAGAAUGCUCCAACAUGUGCCGACUGGUCCCAUGGAAGGAUCAAGAUCACGGGUAGGAACGCCGUCUGGGAUAAGAAGAAUGAUACAGACAAUGUAACUAUUGAGCGCGUGGGGACAGUGGAGACCAAGUGGUUUAGAUGAAGACUCUGGAGGCUCCUGGGGAUGUCUUGCUUUGGAGCGAUCAGAAGUUGUCUUAUGCGAGAUAUU